AAGUUGCUUUGUUUUGCUUCAAGAUGGCUGCGGGGAUGUAUUUGGAACAUUAUCUGGACAGUAUUGAAAACCUCCCCUUCGAACUGCAGAGAAACUUCCAGCUCAUGAGGGACCUGGACCAAAGAACAGAGGACCUGAAGGCUGAAAUUGACAAGUUGGCCACUGAGUAUAUGAGUAGCGCCCGCAGCCUGAGCUCCGAGGAGAAAUUGGCCCUUCUCAGACAGAUCCAGGAAGCGUAUGGCAAGUGCAAGGGAUUUGGUGACGACAAGGUGCAGCUUGCCAUGCAGACCUAUGAGAUGGUGGACAAACACAUUCGGCGACUGGACACAGACCUGGCCCGUUUUGAGGCUGAUCUGAAGGAGAAGCAGAUCGAGUCAAGCGACUAUGACAGCUCUUCCAGCAAAGGCAAAAAGAAAGGCCGGACUCAAAAGGAGAAGAAAGCUGCCCGUGCUCGUUCCAAAGGGAAAAACUCCGACGAGGAAGCCCCCAAGGCCGCCCAGAAGAAGUUAAAACUUGUGCGCACAAGCCCUGAGUAUGGGAUGCCCUCAGUGACCUUUGGCAGUGUCCACCCCUCUGAUGUGUUGGAUAUGCCUGUGGAUCCCAACGAACCCACCUAUUGCCUUUGUCACCAGGUCUCCUAUGGAGAGAUGAUUGGCUGUGACAACCCUGAUUGUUCCAUCGAGUGGUUCCACUUUGCCUGCGUGGGGCUGGCCACCAAGCCUCGGGGGAAGUGGUUUUGCCCACGCUGCUCCCAAGAACGGAAGAAGAAAUAGACAAGGGCCUUGGAUUCCAACACAGUUUCUUCCACAUCCCCUGACCUGGGCUAGUGGGGAGAGGGAUGCCUGGCUGGGGUCAGGGAGAGGUGGGUGGCGCAGAAUUGUCAUCCCCUCUCCUCCCCUCCCCACUCCUGGUGCUGAGGCUGCGCCCAGACCCUGGUACGGGGGUUGCUGCAGCCACUAACGGUAUGUGCUCUCAUUCAGCCUGCCCCCUUCAGAGGGAAGGGGUCUUGCCCACUGUCCUUUUGCCUCCAUGCUGAGGUUGGUGCUGUAUUUUUGAGGGAUGGUCCUCUUUACUCCCCUUGCUUUGUAUUUAAGGACUGGGGCAGUAGCAUGGGGCCCUCCCCCAGCCUCCUGAUCCCCUCCCCUCGUGGGGGGCCAUGGCGUGAUAAACUUUCUUCACUCUCUUCCUGCUUUUCCAGUGGGGGCUCCUCCAGAUCAUCUGGGCUGUGGCCCUGGCUGAAGGGUCACCCCUUCCUCUGUGCCAAGAGGAUUCGUCCUGGUUUGUGAGUGGGAGGGGCAGGGUGGAGUGCAGAUAUCUCAUAUGUAAAGGAAUUGGGUCGGUGAAUAAAAGCUGUACAUGUUG